ACUCGUCUUGUGACUGUCAGUCAGUGACUCGUCGUGGGCCGUGUCCGAGCACAAGUGGUAUAUCUAAAUUGUCGAUAAGGCAUUUCCGAGGAGCGAGCCAUUCACGAACACAAUGCACCAGCAUCGACAGUGAACUUCACAAAAUAAAUAAUAAUAUCAUACAGAACGCCUUAAAGAAAAAUAAAAUAUGCCAAAGAAGGAUGAGUCACAGCCCCUGCUGGUCGGAGGCCCGGUCGACAAUGACCUGGCUGAAAGGGGCACAGCACCGCCCGCGGCCUCGCUGGGCGCGGGGCCGUCGACUUCGCCGGUGCUGCCGAACGAGAGCGGCAGCCUGAGCACGAGCAAAAGCGAACAAUCGCUCAUGGACUACGAUCCCAUGAUGAACCGAGAGCUCGACCACCCGACAUCGAAUUGUGACACACUGAUUCAUCUUCUGAAAGGAAACGUGGGCACGGGAAUUCUGGCCAUGCCGGACGCCUUCCACAACGCGGGCCUCGUUCUCGGAACGGUCGGAACGCUCAUCAUGGGAUUCAUCUGCACACACUGCAUGCACAUGCUGGUCGCGUGUGCUCACGAGCUGUGCCGGCGGACGCAGGUUCCAUCCCUCGGCUUCUCCGAGGUCUGCGAAACUGCUUUCAGAACUGGACCGGUCCCCUUGCAGAAAUACCACAAAUUUGUCAAGAAUUUGAUCAACGUAUUUCUGUGCAUCACGCAACUGGGCUUCUGCUGCGUCUACUUUGUGUUCGUGUCGACGAAUCUGCAGGAAGUGAUCGGCUACUACCUGGUGCACGUCGACAUCAGGGUGUACAUGGUGCUGCUGCUGCUGCCGAUGAUCGUUCUCAACUGGGUCAAGAGCCUCAAGUACCUGACGCCGGUGUCGCUGUUCGCGUCCAUCAUCACGGUCGUCGGCCUCGGAAUCAUCUUCUUCUACAUGCUGCAGGACCUGCCGCCCGCCAACACCAGGCCGGCCUUCGCCACCUGGAAGCAACUGCCGCUCUUCUUCGGCACGGCCAUCUACGCCUUCGAGGGAAUCGGUGUGAUAUUGCCUUUGGAAAACAACAUGCAGACACCGCAGGAUUUCGGCGGUUGUUUUGGCGUUUUGAACACCGCAAUGGUGAUAGUCGCCACUCUGUACACGUCGGUCGGCUUCUUCGGCUACCUCAAAUACGGAGAAGACGUCAAAGUCGGCAGUAUCACCCUCAAUUUACCCAAAGCAGACUUCUUGGCGCAGUCGGUGCGGCUGAUGAUGGCGCUCGCAAUUUUCCUCUCCUACGGACUGCAAUUCUACGUGCCAAUGCGGAUCAUGUGGCCGCCCAUCCGCAGACGGCUGCAGACGGAAAAGGCGCAGCGCAUCGGCGAAUACACCAUGCGCACCCUCCUCGUCCUUUUCACAUUCUUCCUGGCGUCGGCGGUUCCGAAUCUGGGCGCCGUCAUCUCGUUGGUGGGCGCCGUUAGCAGUUCUACCCUGGCGCUGAUCUUCCCGCCAAUCAUCGAGUUGAUGACCUUCUGGCCGACGCAGCCGGGCCAAAAACUCUGCCCGUGGAUGGUAACUAAAGACGUGUCAAUUCUGAUUUUCGGCGUUCUCGGCUUUGGCUUCGGAACCUACACCAGCAUUGUCAAUAUCGUGCAUCCCUCGUUGUAAGGUUUUCACGGCCAUGGCUUGAGGCCUCAUUGUCAGUCGGUCGACGCGAGAAAAAUAAUAAUUUGAUCCAUAUUUGAAUAUGUCGACUGGCCUAAAACGUAAAAGGUUAUUCACGUGCUUCGUGACCGGAUCGGUAAAGUGUCAUGGUAAAUGUACCUUAUGUUUCCAGGCUGGACGUGAACACGGUCGAUUAUUUGAAACUCGAAUUUUGGUCUAAAAUUACCGGGCUUAAAAAGAAGUGACAGUUUAUUUUUAUUGUUUUGACUGAUUGUCGGGAAAUGUACCAAAAAUCUGAGCUGGAAACCGAUUUUUUUUUGCAGCUGAAGAAUUUUUUGUGGUCGCAGAAACUCAUUAAAACUCGAUUUAACUGCGAAUGAAAACACGAAAACCGGAAAAAUCCGUAAUAAUUCUUCGCUGGCAACGUGAAUAUCAGAUUUUCCCGCGCAAUUUAGCAGUUGCUACGUUGCUAGGCAACCGCGGGGGUUGUUGACAUGCAUUCUGCGACAGCCAAUCAGCGUCGAGAAUUCUUCCAGCAAAGAAUUCUUGCUGUUUUCUUCGAUUUUUACGUUUUUAAUCGCAAUUAAAUCAACUUUUAAUUUAUUUCUCCGAUUAUAAACAAGACCAAAAAUUGGUUUUAGCAGUAAGGUAAGCGAUAUCUAAUGUUCUUCAGGAAUUCGGCGACAUGUUUCAAAGCGAAAAUUCGAGUUUUCGGCCAGUUUUCAAUCCAGCCGGAAGAACAUAACCAUUAAAUGUUGUGAAUUCUAAGUAACCUCAUCUGUAUGGCAUGCAGGAUAAUUAUGUUGUUGUCUUCGCGAAUGUUCAUUCACCACUGACAAUAUUCAACGCUGUCUGAUUUUCUCUCUUUGCUGAAUUCGUACUGGCCCCGAGCGCGCGCUUAUAUAAGGACGAUAUAGGUUUUUAUUUUUGUACGUGCGCAAUGCACGGUUAUUAGUUAAUAAUUGUUUUUUUUUUCGUGACGACGAGCGAACUGUGAUGCACAAUUAUAUAAACGAAUGACCAAAUUUUGGUGACUCUAUAUUAUAUAUUUUAAGGAUAAAUAAUAUCAAACGAUCAAUGACUCUCGGCGUUUGCCAAAAAUAGAUUUCGCAUUAUAUAUCAUCCGCAGUAUAUAUAUUUUAUUUUUCUGUCUACAUCAUCGCGUUUAUCCGAUUCGGACUUGUGUCAUUCCGUAUUUUUUGAGACUUGCACAACGUUUGUACCCGAUUUUCUGAGUUCAUUCACUUUUCACGUGUUGUACGUCUGUAGAAUUUCUCCAAACCAGUGGGCAAAAACCCCGCCAUUCGGCCUAGAUUUUUAUUAAAUAAAAAAUGGACACCUUCAAAUGGCCAUCACGAUUUUUAAAGGUGGGAACUACGACUGCGCAGAAGGUUGUAAUUUGGGUCACGCAUGCGCAGUGAUAAGUUUUGGCUUCCCUGUGAGUUUCAGAAGCGAUCUGAACUUACUGCGCAUGCUUAAGAUGCGCACAAGUUUACUGCGCAGCUUCGAAAUGGGCGAAUAUUUAGACAAUUAUAAAUUUCGACGCCAUUUAGACUUCUGACUGGCAAAAAUCAACACAAAUUGCCAUAAUUUCUCUGAUUUUCAUUACCGGACUCUGACGGCGGCCAUAUUUGCGCGUGCCCACUGGUUUUUCGUGUCUGCCUGUCCCUCGGCUGUAGAAGCAUACCAAUGAACUGCAUUUUGCGCUAGUCCUUCUAAUGCUGGACAUUAAAAAUAAUAUUUUAUUAACCCCGAUAUUGUCUGAGAACUAAUUAAAUAUAAUUAUAUAUUAUCUUAGUGUUGACGAAAAUCAUAGCUAUAUGCAUAUUACACCGUUCAACUACUGGAAAUUUUGCCUUCGCAAAAAGAUAAUUGGCGUAGAUCUCGGAACAUUUUCCCUGAAUUUUACCAUAUUGGUCCUAAAAGUCGUAUUUUAAUCAUGCGAAAUUGAUUUUCGCGUGAUGAGAACUACUUGAUUCUUAAGAGAUACAAUUAUUGUAGGCGAAACCAUAUAUUUAAAUGUUAACCCAGCAGAUGUCAAAUAAAUUAUCUAUGUUAAAUGCAAGUGA